GGCCUGAUUUACAAUCAGUCCAAUGUGGAAUUCCAGAUUGGACGCGUCCAAUGUGGGAUCCUAGAUUGGCCUAGGCCAAUCUCAGAUUGGACGUGAUCCGACAUUGGCCGCCAACAUAUAUAUAUGAGUGAAGAGCGCGUCAAUUGUACCGUUUGGGGAAAAAAUCGAAACAAAUAAAUUUAAUGAUAAAGGACAGUUAAGUGUCGUAUUUAAUAGAGCUAUGUCCAAUAUGUAUAAAAAUAAUAUUUUCCCAACACUUCUCUGUGCUGUGGUGGAGAUUCACGAUAUUACAGCCAAUUUCUAUAUGUUACAUCCAUUUUUUUGCAAUAAACUUAGUGUAUCAACUACUCCUAUAAACACUUUGCUAGUAAAAUUAUUUUUCCUUAGCUCUUCAUUUGAUACUCAAUGAAGUUUGUUUAAAUACAAUUUGUUUAAAUGAAAUUUCGAUGAUUUUAACGUCGCUCUACACUUUGUUAGUAAAACUGAAUGUUGUCUCGAACGAAGAAAGAUUUUUGCUUGAUCUUUUUUUGGUAUGUUAUUCUGGUCAAUGAGAUGAAAAAAGGGUCAAAUUUUUGUCGCAAACCGUUUAGUUUUCAUCGAGUUAUAGCGAUCACAAAAUUGAAAAUGUUGUUCUAGCUCUACAAUUUGUCUAAAUAUAGCUUUUUUUAACUUUGUAUAAAUUUUUUCUAUUAACGAAGUUUAUGAAACAAACUUCUUUUUCUUGUCAAAAUAAUUUCCCUUUAUUUCUCUUUUUAAUGCUCAAUAAAAUUUGUUCAAAUGAAAUUUCAGCGACAUUUAUUAAAUAUGUCUGAAUAUUAUUAAAAUAAAAUUUACUUUUAUGAAAAUUUCUUCUUUUGAAAAAUUCAAUUGAAUUUAUUAUUCAAAAAAGAAUAUGAAAUGAAUACAAGGUUUUAUUGGAUAAUGUGAUUGUUGGUCAAUGUUGUCAAAUCCAACGAAUGUUCUUUCAUUUGAAGUUAGACCGUAUAGUUUGUUUUCUUUUUAUUUGCUUUGGUUGGAUCUUAACCUAAAAAGAGUUCUAUUUAGAUCUUUUUGUAUAAACUGUGAUUAGCAAAAGCAAUACUUGCAUCAUUCCGAAAACAGGACAAAAAGGAUGAAGAAUCGGGGACAAGUGGAAAUCCAUAUAAGAAUCUUGAAAAGGCAUCUGUUCUUCAAGAAGCUCGUACAUUUAAUGAAACUCCUAUAAAUGCACGAAAAUGCAUUCAAAUAUUAACUAAAAUUAUUUAUAUGAUCAAUCAAGGAGAACAAUUAGGUCAAACGGAAGCAACAGAAAUAUUUUUUGCCAUGACAAAGUUAUUUCAAUCAAAAGAUAUGAUGCUUCGUCGUAUGAUUUAUUUAUCAAUAAAGGAAAUGUCAACAGUUGCAAAUGAUGUUAUUAUUGUAACAUCAAGUUUAACUCGUGAUAUGACUGGAAAAGAAGAUUCUCAUCGUGGACCAGCUAUGCAAAAGCUUUAUGCAUCAAUGAUGCAAAGUGUUGAACGAUAUAUGAAACAAACAAUUGUUGAUAAAUUACCAUCAGUUGCAUUAACAUCAUCAGUUCAUUUAAUGCGUCAAAGUCCUGAAGUAGUUAAACGAUGGGUUAAUGAAGUUCAAGAAGCUGUUAAUAAUGAUAAUAUAAUGGUGCAAUAUCAUGAGCUUGCUCUUUUAUAUCAAAUACGUCGAACGGAUAAACAUACUAUUAGAAAAUUAAUUGUCAAAUUUUCUAAAACUGCUCUUCGAAAUCCAUAUACAUUUAUUCGUAUUGCAGCUAAUCUUAUAAAUGAAGAAGGCGAAGGAACGGGCAGUCCAAUGUAUGAUUUUAUUGAUUCAUGUUUACGUCAUAAAAAUGAAAUGAUUAUUUAUGAAGCUGCAUCAACAAUUGUAUCGCUUAAAUGUGUUACACCAAAAGAACUUAGUUCAGCUCUUAAUGUUCUUCAAUUGUUUAUUUCAUCGCCUAAACCUGUUUAA